CUGGUUCACCGUUUUCUUCAUUCGUUGUCAUCGUUCUCACUCAUCUCUCGUUGUCGUUCGUUUGUCAAAAACCAAAUUCCCAAAAGUCCACCAUUUGUAUAGCGUUCACCUUUCAUGCAGCGCAGCACCAUUUAUUUUUUAUUUCGUUGGAUUAUAAAUUCAUUUAUAAUAAAUGCAAAGACUUAUUCGAACAAUUUUUCAAUUAAAAUAAAUAAAUUAAAUUCCGCGUUCAAAACAAUAAAACAACAACCAAACAGUUAAAUAAAAACGAAACAUUUUGCAACAUAAGAAAGAAAUCUGUGAAGUUUGUUAAAAAAAGAAGUUGGAGAACUUUUGUGUGUGUUUUUGUAUUCUUUUGCCGCCGAUCCUUCAUCUUGAUUAUUUCUCUUCUUGAUUUUCAGCUUUUUCGAGCGUUUAAAGUGCGUGUAUUUUGUAUUUUGGAAGAAAAGAAAAAAAAAGAAACGAACCACAAAACGACGACUACACAAAAGAACAAACAGAAAUUUAUAAAAAUCCAAAAAGAAGAAGAAAAUUGUUAUAAAUGUUUCAAUAAAAACACCAAAAGUUUCUUAGUUAAGUUAAGUUUAGUUGAGUUUUUGAGUGGAUUUCCUCGUGUGCCUUAAAAUCAUCAUCAUAUUUUGUGAGUGAACAAAAAUAUUAAAGAAAUAUCGAAUUACCAUUCCCCUUGCCGCGCGCAACCAACGAACCACUCCGACCGGACGACGACCACGACGUCGACGACGAAAAAUAAAGAAAAACAACACAAAUCUUCAACAAAAGUGCAUUAAUCUUCACGAAAGAAGCAACACAAAUAUUAAAAUUAAAUUAAAAUUGAAAAUGUUUAUGUUUUCCUUUCUCGACGCAUACAAAAUAAAAUAUUAUUUAUAAAAAAUAAUAUAAGAAUUCAGUGAAAAGUGUAUUUUCCAUUCUUUUUUGUUGCUGUCUUAUUUCCUUUGGUUUUUCCUCUUCUCUUGUUCGAAGUCGUCUUCACAUAAAAUUCUGCUGAUCUAUGUUGUGCAAGUGAAUUUAUUUAUUUUUUAUUUGUUAUAUUUUCCAUCAAUUUUUGGAAUUAUUCACACAUCAACAAAGUCUCUCGAUGAGAAGUGCUUCUUUAAAAAAAUAAGUUUGAAUAAAAUAAAAUAAUAAAAAGUGGAAGCCCACGAAACGACACAACGAGGCACGCAUCGGAGCCCCAGAGUCACAAAGUAGCAGCAGAAACAACACCACCAUCGUCAUCGUCAUUACCAUCAUCAUCUUGAUAUUGGUCUUCUCAUAAUUGAAAAGCUAUGAAAAUUCACCGGCACAAAUAUGCAAAAUCGAAAUGGAUCAGAAUAUGAGACCGUUAAUGUUCAAAGAAAUCCUUUUCAAAUAAAGGAAACGACUUAUUGAUAAAAAUAAUUUUAAAAGAAAAAAUAAAAAAAAAUAUUAUUUAAUAACGAAUUCAAAAGUGGCCUUCCUGCAUAAAACGAAGAAGAAAGCCCCUUUAGGAUAUAAAAUAAUUCUUCAACCAAAUAUUAAGCAACAGCAACUAAAACAACAAACAAAACACAUAAUGACGGCCGAAUAUUCAGCACAUCCUGCAUUAGCUUCAAGCAUUAUCCAAAAUAGUCAUAGUCAAAGUGGCAGCAUUAAUAAUCAUAAUAAUUUAAAUAGUAGUAGCAGUAGUAGUAGAAGUAGUAAAAAACAUUCAAAAACCUCACAUUCUAGUGGUAGCGGUGGUGGUGGUGGUGGUGUUGGUAGUGGAGGAGGUGGAAAUUUUUCCACGAGAUCAAUAUCUUCAUCCUCGUGCUCCUCAUCUUCGUCGUCGUCAUCAUCAUCAUCACCAUCGAAUUCACCAACAAAGUCGAAAUCGAAACUGACAGCAACAUCACAUUCACCAGCUUCAUCAACAUUUACAUUACAUUCAUCAACAUUAGCCGCACCAUCAUUGCCUGAUCGAACUGCUGCAACAAAUAAUAAUAAUUUUAGCAGCAGUGCAACGACAACACCUUCUAGUUCACCCGUGCAUCAUUUACAUCAUAAUUGUUCGUGUUCGAGUGCAAGUGGCAACACUAAUACGACACCAGCGACAUCAACAACAACCACGACUAGCGGGAACAGUAUAUCCUCGAAUAAUAAUCUUGGGACAACUUCUUCUUCGUCGGCGAACCAGCAUCCUCAUCAUCAUGGAACGACAUCAGCAGCAGCAGCAGCAACAACAACAACAACAAGACUACCGCAGUGCUGUCAGAUGACAGCGGCGGGUGCAGCCGCAGCAGCAGCAGCGGCGGCCGUGGCUGCGUCUGCUGCUGCUGCGGGCAAUGUAACCGGAUGUAAGAAGUUAACGAAAUAUGAUCCUCGACUGGGACCGUCACCGUAUCGCCAGCUUUUACCGAUAGCGUUGUGCAUAUUGUCUUUCGCGACGGUAUUUAGUAUAUUAAUCGUCUAUAUGGAUACGACAGAAAUCCGACAUCAACAAUUCCGCUUGAACAUGUCCAGAGAUUUAGAUUUCUUCGGUGUAGCACAAGAUGAUCCAACACUCAUAGCAUUCCUACGUGAGAUUCACAUGAAAAAGUAUCCAAUGCAUUUCCUUAAAAACGCACCAGCGGAGCAUUUGAACUUCACCAACCAGCACGAACUGACGCCUGAGAUGGCUCACUAUGUGGCCGAUCUAGUUGGCGGCAAGCUAAAUGGUGCAGCUAUACAAUCGCUAACCGGUCAAGCGGGCAAUCUUAUGACAGCCCCAUGGUUAGCGGAGACCCUCAAUUGGGCGGGGGUGAUUGUUGAACCAGAACCGCGAAGGUAUUUCACGCUGCGGAAGCAGAAUGUUCAUCGAGCCAAAAUGCAGGUGGUUCAUGCGUGUGUUUCCCCCAAUCAGCAUCCAAAGGAGGUAACUCUCCAUGAUGAUGAAAAUUCCGAGGUUCGAAUCAAUAGUCUGCUUGACGAGGAGACCUCAUGGUUUAAUUCCCGCGUCAAAUGUUUUCCACUCUAUACAAUUAUGUUGGCGUGUAAUCGCAUCGACUAUGAUCUUCUAAGUCUUGGCGUACAUGGUCAUGAGUUGGAGGUCCUUCAAACAAUUCCCUUUAAUAAAGUUUAUAUUGAUGUGAUAUCAAUUCAUUUGCCGGAGAAUCAUGAAAACGUUCGAGGUUAUGUUCAAUCAAUAACAAAGUUCCUAAUGGGAAAAUCAUAUAAGCUACAAAAGAGCUUUGGUCAUAAUUAUUUCUAUCAAAAGCUCAAUUCGAAUCGAACACGUAAAAAAGACAUUCUUAAAAAGCCUUAAUUAUUGUCCACAUCGUUUGUGUCCAACUAAAAAUCAAUGUAAUAUUUACUUGUCUUAAUCUCUCUCUCUCUCUAUCUGUCUCUCUACGCUAUCGCUCUCUCUCUAUCUUUUUCAAAAUUAAACAAAUAAAUACAAAUUAUACACUACUUAACAACAAUAAUACCAACCAACAAAAACACACAAAAAACAACAACAUAACGAAAAAAAUGAGAAUUAUAUAAAUUAUAUUAUUAAAUUAAAUUUAACAAAAUUUAUAAUAAAAUAUCAUUAUUUAGCGAGAAAGUUAACAACAACAACAACAAUUUGUUAAAAUAUAUAACUAGUAUUUAUAUAUUCCACAAAAAAAAGAAGAAAACCACUCAAGUAAAAUGGAGUAAAAAAAUCUAUCGAUAUAAAUUUAUUGUAAAAAUUAAAUUAAAAAAUGCAUCACUUACAUAAAAAACAUACACCUUACAUAACAAAACAUAAAUAUACACCACAAAAAUACAUCACUCACUCGAUUAAAAUUAAAAAAAAAAACGAGAAAUAUUAUGUUUAAAUCAUAUUUUUUAAUUUUAUUUUCCCCAUGUACAAAAAACAACAAGAACAAAAACAAAAUUUAAAAAAAAACGAAAUUGUUUAGUUUAAGUAAAAUUAAUUAAAACAAAAAUGAUGUUUUCCCUUCUCAAUUCUUUACAUAAAUUACUUUAUAAUAAUUAUAAAUUAGUUAACUUUAGUUUUAUUAUUAUUAUUGAUGAUAUAUUAUUAUUAUUUUUCUGUGCGUUUCUUUUUUUUCUAUCUUCCAUUUAUGCUAUUAAAAUGCUAUACAUAUAUAUAAAUAUAUAUUUUUUGUAUUAAUUUAAUUAUACAUAUAUUAUUAUUAUAUUAUUAUAAAAUAUAAAACAAAACGAAAACAAAGUUAAAUUUUAAGCGUUACUUUUGUAAGUAAAAAGAAAACAAAAACAACAUAAGAUACAAAAUGAAACAAAUUUAAACUAUUAAUAAUUAUUAUUAUUAUUGUAUUAGUAUUUUUUUUUGUUUUUGAAAGAAGAAAACUGUCGGCGUCAUUUAAACAAAACAAAAAAAAACAUGAAACAAAAUGUAUUGUUAAGCUUUUUUCUCAUUUUUCUGUUUUAAUAUUAUAAAUUAUUUUUUCUUUUUUUUUAAGAAUAAAAGUAAUUCGAUAAUUGUCAACAAUAUAAUUUAAAAAACAAACAAAUUGGUUUAUUUAUUUCUUAUUAUUUCAUAUCAUCUAUUUCAUUGCGUCUUGAAGAACAUAAGUUUUUGAAUUGGUUUAGUUCAUUGGGAAGUUUGGUUUUGAUUCUGUUUCCUUAUUCGAUCUGGGCUCACAAAUAAUUUAUUAUGAUUUAUUUGUUUAUUUAGUUUCACAGAAAUUAAAACAAUUUAACUUAGCUUAAUGAAGAAAUUGGAGAUUCUGAGCACUAUUCUCAUAUCUGCUUAAAUUAUUAAACCUAAUAAAUUAACGACAAACACAUUUUCAGAAAUAUUGAAAAACAAAUUGCGUUUUAAUAAUGUUUUCUAUUAAUCCUUUCGGGGCGCAAUGUUAUUCUUUGUUCUGUUUCACUCAACUCCUGAAAGGGAUAAGGGAAAUCUUCGAGUGUUGCGAAUAAAGUUUGACAGUUCGUACUAACUACAAUUUUUUUCGCGACGAAUAAAUUUGUUUUCCUAAAUUUAUUAAUAAAUGAUAUUGAAAAGUAAAAGUAUGCAUCAUAAAUUAAAUAGAAACUAUUUUGCUAUCGUUUUGAUAAGAAUUUGUGUGGAAACAUGUCUUCUGUCGUGUAUAAUAAACUCACAUUUUGUAAUUCAUUCGGUUUUCGUUGGUCGCGCUCAUGGGAAUACCGUUUAAGGGCAAAACUUCUUCAACCUGCACUGCUUAGUCUUCGUCGGCAUUAAGACCUUCAUCAGUCAAAUUUGGUUAUUUCAACCCAAAUUCAACACCCGGGGGAUAAACACAGGCAUUAGACGACUUACUGCUUCUUCAUAAUCAUCCAAUCGGAUUGUGUUAUUAGGCCCUUCGCCAGUUGCAAUUGUUUCUAACUUUUUUGUAUCAAUCCAUAUCUUGUAAAAUCAAAAAAUAACAAAUUGAAUGUACUUGAGCAAAUUAAACUCACUCUUUGCCACUUGGUUAAGUCGUGUUGUGGAGUCUUCAAGCUAUUCAACUCCAAUGCUUUAGCUUCCCACUUUUUUGCUAGAUCCGUUUGGUACAACAUCUCCCUUGCGACUUCAGGAUUUUGCUCCAUUAAUUUUACCAUAUAUUCCAAUUGUUUUCUGUUACUCACUAUUCUGUUCCAGAAUAAAAAAUUACGAUUUUUUAUUAGAACAACUUACAUUUUCGCAAAACAAUUUUAACUCCAGCCACAUUACAAAAUUUUAAAACAGUAAUUGAAAACGUCAAAGAGACAAAAAUUUCAUUCACAAUAAAGUAUUCACAAUCGGUUCAAAAAUUAAAAGCUGAUACUCAUAAUACCGAUUCAUCAAAUAGUUAAUAGAUAUUAUCAACUAUCAAAUUGAUACUCAUAAUAGGACUGAUAAUUUCUUACAAUAAAUUAGUUGAUGACAUUGCAAAGUAGAUUAUCUUUAUUAUAUUAUUUUAAUAUUUUACUUACUUUCUGGAAACUCUCACUUUUAUUCAAUUGACGCUAUCAGCUCAAAAAAAAUUAAAUCGAUAUCGAUAAAAGUGAAUUUAAGAACUUCAAUUUAUAUUUUCGCCCAUGUUCCGAAUUUGGAUCGAAAGUGAAUUAAAAUCACAUUUUAAUUUCACGUGAAAUGAAAUUUCAUGUUUUUCAAUUCGACCGAUUUCGAAAACUUCGAAGUUGCUUCAAACUAUCAGAACGGAAGGAUCAUCCAUUUUUAUUUUGUUUCUGAAGUAAAAUGUUUACUGUUUUGAAGACGGAUGCAAUAUUUUUGGAAAUUUUAAGUGAAAGAAGGAAGCAGAAUUUAAGAGAAAAAAUAAGAAGACGAAUUUUGCGAGGCAAAUCAAAUAUGUACAUAUAUUGGAUUUACCUGACACAAUGUAAGUGUGUGAAAAUUAUGUAGAAUUUUUCUGAUAAAUAAAGUAAAUUAUUGAUUUCCUAUUUUAAGCUUUCAUUGUUUUUUUAGAUUAAGCAAAGACGCUUUUUUAUAUGUUUUAGUUUAAAUAGAACCUUUUAUAGUACCUUCAUCGAUUACUUCAGUUCAAAAACUUGCUGCAACCCUCCGAUUCCUAGCAAAAGGAAGCUAUCAAAGAUUAAUUCACAGAAAUAAAAAAUGUGAUUUGAAUCCGUUAAAAAAAUGGAAAAAGCCGAAAAACAGAACCUCCAUUUGCAUGUUCAAAAACCCAAUUCACUUUCGCAAAGUGUAUUCAUAAUAAGUGAAAUGCAGAACAUGGGCCUUUGAAUCGUUUUUAAUUUCAUUUCGUGUGAAAGUGAGAUGUAGAACCAAGGUUUAUAUAAGGUUUGGAGAAACCUUAAAUUCAAUGUGGUCAUGGUUUAGAAGCAUUCGUUUUUUAGAGUUUAAUUUUAGUGUUGAUUCUUUCGAACUCGGGAAACAUAUAACUCUAGUCCAGUAUUAUUUAACUUAUGGGUCGCAAACCCCUAGGGGCCUUUUUAGCGCAUUUUUCGUAAGACAAAUUUAUACAAUAACAUUUAAAAAGACGUAUUAAGAAAAAUGAUAAUUAAAGGACAUAUUUAUUUGAGUCAAAUAAACAAGAAAUAAAAAUAACCUAUGAGAUAUAAUCCAUCUUAAACAUUUUUAUAAAAAUCACAAAAAUUCGUAAUGCAAGGUUGCUCUUGUUUUUCAUAAAUCAAUUUUCCUUAUCGUGGAUCCGUUUUUUCUACAUUCAGAAUUAAAUCGUUUUCUAAAUUCAGGUGAUUUCUUUUAUUAUCUUACUUACUUUAUUAUUACUUUUAAUUUGGGCCAUUGAUGCAAAUGUCAACUCGCACAUGUACGAAGUUGCAAAUGGAAUCUAACACUUCAAUGCCUCUAAUGUUAAUCCCUGGGUAUUCUAAUUUAAUUUUUAAUCAAAAUGUAUCCAAAUUGACAGACUUAAAUUGAGAUAAAUCCAGCAGGCUAUUCUUGAAAUUGAUUGCCAAAUUUGCUUCAUUUACAGCUGCAUUUAAAAGCGGAUUUAAGAUCCACCUUUCACCAAUAUUCUUCGAUAUCUCUCUCAAUUUCCAAUCCUACACAUUUCUUCUUUCAAAUUUUCUAACACCAUUUUCAUACCAGGUAUAGAUUCCUUGAUAUUUAUCUAUCUUUCACAUCCGACAUCUUCACUAAAAGAUUGUGCCUAGGAAAAUGAAUCUAAGUGGUUUUGAUUAAGAAACGAUGACCAAAAUUCAAUUUUGUUUGUAAAGCCAUGGAUUUUGUCUUAAGCAGUGAUGACAUUUUCAUCCUGUCCUUGAAGACUUUUAUUCAAGAUAUACAAGCAAAAAAGUUCGAGAUGUCAAAGUUAAAAUCUAUGAAAGGAAAGCUCUUAAGGCUGUUGUCACAUUAUAUUAAUUAAACAAAAUUCGAGUUAUCGAAGUUCGAGCUAUCGAAGUGCGACCGAACGGUACCUACGAAAAAAAAGGAUAGGGGGUCGCGAUAUAUUUCUUCGUACUUAAAGGUCCGUUUCAUGACCAAGGUUGAAAAACACUACUCUAGUCCAUGUCAUAGCAAGAUAAAGGAGAUGUUGUAUUGUAAUAUUUAAGUAGGUAAAAUAUGAAUUUGAUAUGAAAUGCAUUGAAAACUUUAGAUAUAUUUUAAGAAAAUUGAAUUGAAAGUCUUUUAAUUAAGUUUAGGAAACUUGCACGUUUAGCUAGAUUGCAGUGAACCAUUUUUCUGGAAGAUAUGUACUCAUGGACUUCUCGUUAAUACCUCAUACUUCAUAUAAUUAUAUUUAAUUUUUUUAAAAGCAUAUUUUCAAAAAUAUUUGAUUUUUGUUUUGUAUUUUAAAUUUAAACUGGGUAAAAAGGUUCUGAAAGUAGAAAGAGGGAGUUGAAGGGAAUUUAACCUUGAUUUAAAGAGAUUAAAAUUACUGAUAUUUGAAAUUUUAAAAUUGAAUGUAACUAAUUGUUACCGGUUUAGAAUUCUCUAAGUAUUAAGCAAUUUACUAGAGAUUCUUUAAUUUCAAACGUUACGGGCUUAGAAAUCUCUAAGUAUGUAUUAAGCAAUUUACUAAAAAUUCUUUAAUUUCAAACAUUGAUAUCUGUUUAAGUACUUAAUCCCUUUUAUUAAAAAUCGUGCAUCUCUGACAGGUCGUGUCAAACAAGCUUAAAUUAAAAAGCGAACCUAUCAAUUUUAAAUUUCAAAAACCAAAUGCCAAUAACUAAAAGUUAAAGGAACCAUUUUGUGAUUUAAAAUUUAGUUAAAAUAAGCAAAACAAUCUAUUCAACUUAGUUCCUUAAAAUGGCCUUAGAAUUUGACUAAAUCUUUAACAAUUUCUCACCAAAUAGUUUCAAAUAAGUAACACAAAAAAUCGCGUAUACAAAAUCAAAUUUAAUUUAAAUACUUUGAAAUACUCGGUGUCCUCGGAUAAAAUUUCGAAUAAUCCAACGAAAAUAUUUUAAAUCAAAUUUGGAGUAAGUGAAAAGUAACAAAUUCAGUAUUCUUUGGAAUUCAUUGGUAUUCCAAAUUCACCUAAUUUCAAAAAAAGGCCGACUUAUCGAAAGAUGAAUAAGAUCUCAUUUCAAAAUACAAAUUUCAGUCCAUGUGUUUGAGUAGUAGAUUCGUUUGUUUAAACAAAAGUCUUUUUCUAUUUUACUUGAACUUUUAUACCAAUCUAGUUUUAUUUUUAUUAUUAUUAUUUUUAUAUUAUUAUGGAAUUUUAUUAUUAAUUUUUUUAGUAUACGAAAAUAUAAAAUAAAAUUCAGGUCACAAAGUAUCAUCUUUAAAGUAUUAAACCACACAACUAUCAUUUAAAACAUCUUUUAAACGAAUAUUGAAUAGAUUUCACAGAUUAAUUAAAAUAGUACUAUUACGUAAUAAAAUAUACAAUAAUUAUAUUAAUAUAAAUUAUUAUUGUUAUUCACAAAAAUUAGAUAGAAUUUAAAAUUUUUUGAAUAUUCUGCAAACAAUUGAAAAAAGAAAAACAAAGAAGGCUUAAAGAUGUAAGGUGUUUUGAAUAAUAAAUGGUCGAUUGGUUUUUAAACCUUUAUUUCAACAAAGAAUUAAUGUUUAAGUUUUAAAAGCUUGACUUAAUUAAAUAAUUGCUUACGUAGACUGUUGCUAUUCUGAACACCUUAUAAAUAAAUAUUGGUAAGUAUACGAACAUAAAUGUAUACACAAAUAAUAACAAGAAAAUCUGCUCAUUUUAACUAAGAAUUCUUUUUUUAUAAACUUAAACUUUGAAUUUGUAUUUCUAAAAAUUUUUUCUGUAACAAAAUCGUUUUAAAAAUAUUUGAAAAAUAUAUUUUCAGCAAUCAAUAAUGAUUUAUAAUAUUUUUAAUACCGAGCAAGCUUACGUUUGCAAAAAAAGAAUAUUGUUAACUAAUUUUAAAGCAAAUAUGAAUAUUUUGUCAUUUUCAAUUUCUAUUUCGUUUAAUUUCAUUUAAAUAUCUAUUUAAAAAAAUAUUGUAUCAAAGACCCAAGUGAAGCAGACAAGGAAUAAAGUUAAAUAAAUGAUGUUGGCAACGUAAACGAAUAAAUUGAUUUUUAAUUUU